GUUUGCAUGAAGGUGCUGCUAGAAGCUCAGGCAGAGCCCAACUGCUGCGACCGGCUGUGCAACACUCCUCUGGGCGAGGCUGCCAAGUGUGGUGCCUUAGAUGUCGUGCAGCUUCUUUUGGAGAGGCGAGGGCAGGUGAACAUGUGCAACUACCGGGCCGAGACACCUGUGCUCCUAGCGAUGCAGCGAAAUCAUAUCGAGGUUGUUCGCCUUCUUUGCCGGCAUCGUGCAGAUGCAAACAGGGGUAAGGGCUUGUCGCAGCUGCUGGCAACGAAGGUGGAUCGCCUGGAAAGCCUGUGCCUACUGCUUGAGCUGCGGACCGACGUUAAUGCUCGCAAUGAGGCAGGCGACACAGCUUUGCUUUCAGCCGUGAAGGGAAACCGGAUGGCUGCUCUGAGCCUGCUGCUCUCCGAGCGGCACGUCGAUGUCAACGCUCAUGACCCCAGGGGCGAUACCCCGCUGCUGCAAGCCAUCCGGAGCAG